ACGAAAUUUCGACAGAGUCAUGACGCGCUCAAUAACAAAUAUUUUUGCUGUUCAAUCAAUAGCAUUCGAUGGUCAGUAAGUAGAUGUAUUCGCUACAAUGUAAGAGUAUGUGUUUAUAUAGUAUUUCGUCGCCGGAUAAUGACAACAGUGAAAACGUGGCUAGAAUAAGUGAAGUUUAAAGCAAUUAAAUUUGAAACAAAUUGAAAGGAAGCACAGGAAAUUGGUUGAAAGUGGCAGCUAAAAACGAAGAAAUUCGAUAAAAUUAAAUUAAAGAAAAAAUAAGAAACAAUAUUGGUUGUUUGUGAAAAGUGAAAAAAAUAUUAAUUGCAGGAAAUAAAAAUUUAUUUCAAACAAAAUCAAAAUGAAUUAGAGUGCUGUCUAAUGUAAUCAAUCAAGUGUUGUGAAAAUGUCAGCAACGUUACAAUACUACGGCAUGUAUUUGGCGAAAUAAUAACGAAAGGUUAACCAAUUGAAAAGUGGCAAAUACACAAAUGUUGCAGAGUGUACUUUUUUACAGUGCACUCUUUUCAAAUAUAACAAAACUCAAGUACUUUAUGUGGAACAGCUGAAUUCUGCUACAAAGUUGAGAAAAAGAUAAUGAAAAGCGCAAAAGUGUAAAUAAGCGCUUAUUCUCUGUAUCUUAAGACAGUGUUAUUAAUAAAAAAAAGAUAAAAAAGAUACUUAGCAGCGCUCCGAAGGACAUUGCAAGCGCAAAAAGUACAUGCUACAGCAUGAAAAUAAAAGCGAGGACUCAAAAGUCGUAGCCCUAAUUACAUGCAAUAACUUCUGCAAUUAACGCAACAAAAGCAAUUUACCUUACAAGCGCUGAUAAUUUGUCAAACUGGCUGCGAUUAUGAGUUGGAGCAAGACUGAAUUAUAGAUAAGCAACAAAAUGUGAACAGAGAUGAAAAAACAAAUAUCAGCUGCAGCCACAACAACAAAGAGUGUAACUUCAACUGCCAUCAUAAACAUAAACCAACAUUAAAUUAAGCAAGCGUUGCCAGCAGUGUGCGACACAAAACAACAACAAACGUAACACUUCAUACACGCAACAACGGCGCAUACAUAUAUUUAGCAACAGCAACAGCAGCUGCAGCAGCAAUAGCCAUAACCGCAUAUAGCGCUGCGUAGCGCAAUAAUGAUAAUGUUGCUACGUUAUAUUCACCUGCUGGCAACAACAACAACCGCACUAACAACCACCCUCAUACUCCUUGCAUGUAUUGGCGGCGGCGGCGGUAACAGCGGCUCAUUUGCCACAGCGGCAACGAACAGUCAAAAUGGCAAUACGAGAAAUUAUAGCCGCAGCGGACGUGAUAAUGGCGGCAAUGGCAAUGGCAGUGGCAUCAGCAGCGGCAGUAGCACAUCAGCUGUUUUUCGCGCGCUUGUCUCCGCUGCAGCUACAAAUUCAAUCUCCAUGCAAUCAGAUGCCUCAUUAGCAUCUGAUUCUAGCACUGUGCUAAUCUCUGGCCCAUCAUCAGCAUCAUCGGCAUCGUCGGCUUCGUCGUCAUUUGUCUCAUCUCCCUUUACAUCUGCCUCAUUGACCGCAGCCAAUUUGUUGUUGACGCAAUCACAUCAAUUGUCCGGCAUCAGUGAGGCAGCUGCUACCUCAUCGGCUGCCGCCUUGUUAACGUCAGCCUCCCUCACGGGUAGUUCAGGUUUAGGUGGCGGCAGUGGUGGUAGCAGUACUAGUAGCGGGAGUAGUAGUAGUGGGCGUAGCAGUCGUCAAAAUGUAGGCACUGGCGGCAUUACCAACAACAAUGUCAAUGGACAUGGUCAUGGCAUACAGGUUGAUCAACUGCCAGCGCAACUAUCGUCGCGCAUCAUACAUACACGCAACGGUGCCAUUUCCGGUGUUAUUGUACAGCUAGAAGGACGUCAUCUAGAUCCGGUGGAAGCGUAUCGUGGCAUACCGUACGCUUCGCCGCCUGUGGGCAAUUUGCGCUUUAUGCCACCCGUUUCGGCGGCCAUGUGGUCGGGUGUUAAGAAAGCGGACAGAUUCAGCCCAGUUUGUCCGCAACGCCUACCCGAUAUCGGCAAUGAGACAGCCGCUUUAGAGCGAAUGCCCAAGGGACGAUUGGAGUAUUUGAAACGUCUACUGCCAUAUCUGCAAAAUCAAUCGGAAGAUUGCCUUUAUUUGAAUAUUUACGUGCCCAUACAAG